AUGUGGGACGAUAAUGACAUUUUAGCAGUUGCUGCUGCAUAUGUGAUAAUUAGUGGAAAAGUAAAAAUUAAAAAACGCAAAUGCUGGGUUCGACCAACCUUACAAAGCAGAAAUGAAUAUGGAGGAUCACAACUUAUGGCAAGUUUAAUUAAGGAUGAUCAAUUUACUACUGGUUGUCAUUUUUUCAACUUCAUUAGAAUGUCAGUCGAAAAUUUUGAAGAGCUACAUUCUAGAAUUGAACCAAUGAUAAAAAAGAGAGACRCCAGCUUCAGAUAUGCUAUACCUUYAAGAGAACGUUUAUUAGUAACAUUAAGAUUUUUGGCUACAGGUGAUUCUUAUCAAUCUCUUAUGUUACUUUUCAAAAUUUCCAAGCAAGCCAUUUCCUUGAUAAUACCUGAAGUGUGUAAUGCAAUCAAUGAAACACUCAAAAACCUUGUAAAAAUAACUCAACAUGAAGAAGAAUGGUUGUCAGUAGCAAAUGAGUUUAAUAUAAGAUGGAAUUUUYCUCAUUGUGUUGGUGUCAUGGACGGAAAACAUAUAAUGAUGCAGGCACCAAAACACAGUGGAAGUGAUUUCUUCAAGUAUAAAGGUUUUUUCAGUGUAGUUCUUUUUGGGAUUGCUAAUGCAGAUUACCAAUUGCAAUAUUUCAAUAUUGGCUCACAGGGUCGAAUAUCAGAUGGUGGAGUGUUUAAUAGUACAACUUUCAAAAAAAUGAUGAUUCAAUCAAAACUAAAUUUACCAGAAGAGRCUCCUUUACCUGGCCGGUCCAAAGCUGUACCUUUCGUGUUUUUAGGAGAUGRUGCAUUUMCAUUAUGUAAUAAUAUAUUAAAACMUUUUCCUGGACAGCAAGAAAAAGAAUCGGARAAGAGGAUAUUCAAUUAUCGACUUUCUAGGGCACGGAGAGUUUCUGAAAAUGUGUUUGRUAUAUUGGCUGCAAGGUUUAGAGUUCUAAGAAAACCUCUGCUUUUAGAGCCAGAAAAAGUUGAGAUAGUAAUUAGUUCAUGCAUAUAUUUGCAUAAUUAUCUAYGAGGUUGUUCCAAGUCUAGAAGUGCAUAUACUCCUACAGGAACUUUCGACUCAGAAGAUAAGGAUACUGGGGAAAUCAUUCCUGGUUCUUGGGGGGAUGAAGUGAACAGAGAGAGUAUAUUUACACGUUUAAAUAAAACAGGCCGAAAAUCAUCAAUUGAAGUUCAAAAUAUAAGAAACGAAUAUGCUUCAUAUUUCACUACACCAUYAGGCAGUGUUCCAUGGCAACAGUAUUAUUAA